AUGUCAAACCCCUUGCCGAAAAACCUUUCACCAUCGAAACAUCCACCGCCGGUGACAGUUUCCCAGCAACCAUUGGACGAGGAACCAAUGCUAGCUCUAAGACGGAAAAGAUGGAGUCACCUGACCCAGAAGGAGGCACGGCGAAAGCAGAGGUACGCACAUCCAACCAUUCCUGAUCGCUGGAUCGAACACAUCAGCAACUCUUCGCCAUCGCCAAGCAAGAGGAACAUCAACCGAAGGGUGGUGGUGAAGAAACCAGGGGGCGAAUCUCUGCCUUCACUCUCUUCAAAUCCGAAUGUACAGCAUCUCCGAAACACCGAGAUAUACUGA